UAUAUAAGACCUACAAUUCUUUUUUCCCCAUUAACACAGAUUAAGCACAUCAUAGUUUUCUGACAGAGGCUGCAGCUUGUAUUGUUGCCUGCUCUAAAACAUGAAGCAAAAAAUAGUUAUCAAGGUGCAAAUGGCCUGUGACAAAUGCAGAGCCAAGGCCAUGAAGAUUGCAGCAAUAGCAGAUGGUGUGAUCUCAGUUGCUGUAGAAGGAGCAGAUAAAGAUCAAUUGGUGGUGAUUGGUGAAUGUGUUGACUCGGCUAACCUGACCUGCUCGUUAAGGAAGAAGCUUUGCUAUGCCACCUUAUUGGGUGUUGAAGAAGUGAAGGAAGAAAAGAAAGAGCCAGAACCAGUGAAACCAAAACCAGAAGAAGAAAAGAAGCCAAGUACAUCUUCAACUUGUUCUACUGGAUGUAUUCAGUUACCCGUGUGCCCUCAAUAUCCACCAUAUCCCACAUUCUAUGAAGUGGCAGUCUAUGAUCCGAGUCCAAGUUACUGCUACAUCAUGUGAUCUACAUUUUUCUGAUUCUUGCAACCCCGUUUUAUGAGAUCUGAAUUUUUUUUUUUUUUUUUUUUUGGUUUCUCUCUGUUCUUUUUUUAUGUUCAAUGCAUUAUGUCGAUUCGAGUGUUACCUUGAGAUGGGUUAGAUUAUAGUUCUUGUUUGGUUAUUA